GGGAGUCCCGGCGCUGUCCGGCUUUGAGCAGCGGGUGGAGAGGGGUGUCUGUGUGUCUAGGGCGUGGUCUCUCUCCAACAGGUGCUGGUGGAAGUCACGGAUCUCCGGCUGCUCUCUCCCCUUCUCGCGUAUCAGCCGUCAAGACAACUCCCUCACCUGCCGACCAGGUGAGAGGCUGGCUGUCAGCACCUCCAGUGUGGUCCCGGUGACCGAAACCAGGCCAUUACCGAAAGCGGAGGGUACCGGAGGGGAGAGAGAGGGGGUCAAAGAGGUGAAAGGAGGGGUUACUCAACCGCCUUUAGGGUGUACAGGGAAAGGAGAGAGAGCGCGAAAGACAGACAGACGCAGACCCAGUGGAGGCGAUAGAAGAGGGAGGGAGACGGACAGGCGUCUGAAAUCUGGGAGAAAGCCAGAGAGACUCGGUCAGAAAGAGACGUUAAAUCAAAGGGACCACAUGAGAGCAAUCAAACCGCAGGAAGUAUCUCGCGGGGGAAGAAAACCAGCAGCUACAGGCAAGCCCGAGUCAUCGCUUCCCCGGCUGGGAGCAGCGCGCUGGUGGACACCGAGAGGCCGGGACACCGCACUCGUAUUCCCAAACGCGGUGCCAGGGUGAGCGCGGCGUUAGCCCGGAGCCCAGCCGUUCGCCCCCGCGGCCACAUCACUUUCAGCGCGAACGCAACAGCAUCCACGCGGUCGGAGUUCCGACAGCAUCCAGCAAGCUACCCCGUUCCCAGAAUUGACAUAAACUUGCCCCAUCAAAGGUUCAGGAGCGCAGGGUAGGCGGAAGCCUCCAGUUCAAUCCUUACCUGUGUGUUGCCGGAUUACACAACACUCGCUAUUACAGUCUACAUACAGUGUAUCGGUUUUAAAAUAUUAACACAAUGAAGCGACUCUAUGAUGAAACCACCUCGGACAGUGACCUGGAGGAGACAAUAGACGUUGGAAGAGAGGAAUACUACUGCCCUGUGACUCGAUCAAGUUCACCAACUACAACGUCCCACAUUCUGGCACGGAAGAAGAGGCGUGGAAUUAUUGAAAAAAGAAGGCGGGACAGGAUUAAUAACAGUUUAUGUGAACUGAGGCGUUUGGUCCCAACAGCUUUCGAAAAGCAGGGAUCAUCGAAGUUGGAAAAAGCUGAGAUCCUGCAAAUGACUGUGGAUCACCUGAAAUUGCUCCGAUCAACGGGGGGUAAAGGUUACUUUGACCCUCAUUUGCUCGCCGUGGAUUACAGGAGCAUGGGAUUUCGAGAGUGUCUCGCUGAAGUCAUAAGAUACCUUAGCUCACUUGAACAAAUUCAAGGCCGUGAAGGUGCAGAUCCACUUAAGGACCGUCUAGUGUCUCAUCUCAACAAUUACAUGUCUGAAAUAGAGCCUUCACCAUCCUCCUGGAUCCACCGGGCCUGCACUUGGCCACAUUAUCACUUAGCCUCACUGUUCCCGCAGCCGGCAGAUGGAGCACAAUUAUCCUGCAGGGACUCUUUUCAUAAUCCAGCCUUCCUUACUGGCUCGGUGCUGGCAUACUCCAACUCGUCUCUGAGGGGAAUUCCUCUUGACAGAACAGCAUCUACUGUGAUGCCAUCUACUCACUGCCACCUCCCGAAUGUUACACCUUCCAACCUCCUGUCGAGCCUGACAUCUCCUAUUCACAGAGCCCUGUCCAACAUAGUGUGCACACUGCCUGGUGUUCCAUCCAACAUGAGCUCAGCUGGCAAAGUACUAACUAGUGUCCAUGCAUCUCCGCAGAUUACCCCACCCUUACUACCACCAGCCUGUAACUCCAGCACCAUUCAUACAACUGCCUCGUCCAUUCCAGGAUCUUUAGGAAGUUAUCACUCCAUGUCACCUUUCCAACUCAAUCCUUCCAGUCAGGCAAACAACCUGGGCACUCGUAAGCCCCAGAGAUCUUGGACAGCUGAGAUUGGGGCUUUCUGAAUCCAUUUUAAUUAAAGGGGGGGGGGGGAAUGACACUUUUUACAACAUCGUAAGAACAUACUAAGACAGAAAAUGUUCUGUUAAAUAUAAACAGUAAUACGUCUGACUGAAGUAAGAAAGAACUGUGUGUUACAAGGUGCAGAGGUUUCCUUCAGCAUUCUAAUCUGCGAAAUGACUGUUCUUUAUCUGACUAUAUUUUUCCAUAACUUACUCCACCUUUCCUGACAGCACUGCUUUAGCUUUUCUCAGAGAGAGAAAAAAAGGCUUGUGCUUUGAAUUUACCUUUGUUAGGAUAAGCAGGGCAGUGGUUGUCUUCAUUAAGAGUUCCAUCAUCCUUGAUCGCGUCAAGCAAAGUAAAUAUUUUCAGUUUGUUGUUGAUAUACAUUUUACUGGUUUGUUUUAAAAGACCCUGAUGAGGGAGAGUCACCGGUGUGAUGCAUGGGUUUACCAUUAAAUCUCAGUUGGCCUCCUCCUCCUCCUCCUCUUCCAAGUUUCCUUCACUCUCUUCCUUGCCAUCAAACUGCACAGAGCCGGUUUGAUUCUUAUCUGUCCAAUAAUAAGUGUUAAUUACUGAACAUGAUUAAUGUUAAUGUUGGCAUUGUUAACUUUGGUCGCCCUCAAGGAAUUGUCCUUGGCUGUUUCCUAUUUCUUAUCUCUGAGCGACAAAGGACCUGAUCGUAAAUGCAGCCGAUGACAAAAAAAAAUCUUUUUACACCCAUUCACUGACCCUAAAUUGGAGGAGUCUUUGUCUGACUUCCUAUCCUGGAUCAGCAGAAGUUUUGUCCCUCUACUAGUAUGACUACAGUUAUUGGUUUUGGUAGCCCACAAACCUUACUCAAAGGUUUGCAGUUUCAUUUAUUAUCAAUGUAUACAACUCUGAGAUUUGACCUCUCCAGAUAGCCACGAAACAAAGAACACCAUGGAAGUCGUUGGAAGAAAGUCUUCAACCUCGCACAAACAAACUCCAAGCCACUUUCAGUAACUAUAUCAAACUGAAGCAGUACAUUCCCCUCCCAUUUGACUCCAAGAUAAGCUUCCACCUGUAUGUAACUUCCAAUGCUAAGACAGCUUAUUACUUUCUCUUGUAACAUCAGCUCACUCUGCCCACCUCAAACCUCGUCCAUGCAUUCACUACUUUCAGACUUAACUGAAAAAGGACAUUCCCACUUUCUACUCUUUGUACUUGCAAUCAUUCCUAGCAGAUCCUCUCCUUCUGUGCGGUCCCUCAACCAAUGCUCGUACCUUCUCCCAGACCCCACUCAUCAACCAUCUACAUUAAUUCCUGAUUACACAACGUCUCAAUUUAAACAUCUUCAUCCCUGCUUUCAAAUCCCUCCCCGUCUCUGGAAAUUCUUCUGACCCCUACAGAACUCUGAAAUCUUGUGCAACCGAUAGUUUGCUCAUUCCGCCGCUGGUCAACUUGUCUUCACCUACUGUGGCUUCGAGCUUGGGAUUUUCUUCAUUAGUCUUCUUUACCUCUCAUUUUCCUUUCUAUCUUUAAGACGCUCCCUGAGGUGUACUGCUUCCAACAAGCUGUUGCUCAUCUGCUCUGAUUAUCUUGUAUGACCCUGUGUAAGGUUUGGUUAAACUACAAAGCACCAUGGGACUGUCUAAAACAGGGGUCCUUAACCUGGGAUCCACAGAUAGGUUCCAGGGUUUCUGUGAACUUGGAUGGGAAAAAAUUAACAUCUUUGUUUUCACUAACCUUAACUGAAAUUUAGCAUUUCCUUCAAUGGUGAAUGUAGGCAACAAACCACAGUAGCAUUAAGGGUACCUGUGACUUUGUCACCAAUAGGAAUCACAGUUGUUAAAAAUAUCACAAAUUGUUAAAUAUACAAAAUAUUGUAAUCCUAUACAUUUUAUUUUAUAUAUUUAAGGCUACACCAGACUGCCAAAGGGGUCCAUGGCAAAGAAAAGAUUAAGAACCCUUGGUCUGAAAGGUGCUAUGUAAAUACGUGGUGUUUUUACUUCUGUCAUUAUUUUCAAUUAUUAAAUAUUUUUGAGUCACUACAGGCAGUGCCCAGAUUCCAUACCUGAACUAUUUGUAAUUCUUGAAUUAUUCUUGCGAACUGUUCAAAAUCCAAACCGUUUUGUAAGUUGGAAAGGAGCAAGAGCAGCAUGUGGGAGAGGUUACAGAAAGAGUGGCGGUGGGAGAGCAAGCGGGCAUGGGCCGCCAAACAUCCUCGCUGUGCCAGUGAGCAAGUGAAUCAGUUCAGCAUUCCCAGCUCUGUUUGGCUUGACCCAGCUCUUGACUGGUGUGGCUCCAGGGAUAUAAAUGCCCUGUUCCCACCUGUCUGUGUCCCCACAACAGCUGGUAAGCCCAUCCUCACCCAUCCUGACGGCCCUUUGAGUGUCGAGGUGUACAUGGUGCCUGUAAUCAAUGCCACUGAUCAAGGUUGAUAGAUUUUUGAUUAGUCGGGGCAUGAAGGGUACAGGGAGAAGGCAAGAGAUUGGGGCUGAGGGAAAGUAGAUCAGCUACGAAGAAAUGGUAGAGCAGAUUUGAUGGGCCAAAUGGCCUAAUCAUGCUCCUACAUCUUAUGAUCUUACAAGUCAGGUGUUCAUAAUCUGGGGAGCACCUGUAUCAAUGAUCUGCAUUUUUCUCGUUGACUACAGUCAAUUCUCAUCCUUGAUAGUGCUGAGCAGAGGACUGGUCCUUUAAUUAUGGCAAUUGCUUUGUCUGUCCAGAAGGCAGUAUUUCCCAAACUUGCCCAAAAACAACAAAUGGCAGUUAAAGCUGGGACUUAAUAACUUGGGUUUCAGUAUUUGCAGACUGAAUUGCCAAAACUACUAGACCAUAAAAAAAAAUUACUACCUAGAAAGUCAUCUAUCAUAGGUAGCAUUACCUAAGCAUAGUAUCGUGUAGCCUCGUGAAUUUCAAAGGCAGGUUAUGCUGCUGUUUCUGUGCAGCAUGUGGAAGAGUUUAUCGGCACGUGUUUCAUUUCAAUGAUCGAGGGUCUGUGCAGUCCAGCUCUUACUUGUUGAGAGAAUGUGCAAGAAAAACCGGGCCCAAUCAAAUGUUCAUUUCGUACGACUGCAAGCAGAGGAUGAAGUGUUUCAAAUGCAAGCAGAGCUAUAAAUUUGGAACAACACUGACAUUAGUGUCUCCGGUGUCUGAAGUAUGAGGUUUCCAGCUGGUACUGGAGCCAAGAUCCGUUGGAUAUUUUCAAUACAGCAAUAGGAACAAAAUUAAUAUAUACUAGAAAUGUGAGCAGAGAUAUGGCUGAAUAUGUAUAAUGCUUCCACAGGUACUUAUAAAGUUGUACAGCACAGAAAUAGCCUCUAAUGCCCAUCUUGUUCGCACAAGGCAUUGUACCUAUCUGUAUUAAUCCUACCUGCCCUCAUUAAGUAUGUAGCUAAUUAAUGACAUGUACAGUAUGUUGACAAUAAUUAGCCUGCAUAAUCAGGUAACAUGUAUUGCAAACAGAUCGGACACGUGCAGUACUGUGGAAAGGACUUGAGCACCUAUUUACAGUAUUUGCACAGUACUGUAUUUGUCACCCUGGAGUGGAGAGCGAGUUUGUAAAGCUGGCAGGAGCAAAGGAUGUUGGGGAUGGCCAGGGUGGAGGAGUGUAGGACAGGUGGCAGAGAGGAGUGCCAGGGGUGGGGGUGGUGUGGGUGCAGACACACCCAGCUCUGAGAUACCAGGCAAGGUCAGUUGAUUCAAAACAAUUGGUUUACUGAUCGUUACAGAACAUCUCUCUGGUGCUUCCCUCUCCCCCUUUUCCCAACCAUGAUUUCCCUCUCCCUGCCCCCUUCACACUCUGUCCACAAUAGAGACCCAUAUCAGAAUCAGGUUUAUCAUCACUCACAAAUGUCAUGAUUUUUGUUACUGCAGCAGUACAGUGCAAUACAUAAAAUCACUACAGUACUGCGCAAAAGCCUUGGGCUUCCUAGCUAUAUUUAUGUGCCUAAGACUUUUGCACAGUACUGUAAGGUUGAUGUUUCAUGUUUUGAUAUUUCAACACAAUGAAAUAUCAAUUUUGAAGUGAUUUUUGUCAGAAGUACUUAUAAAUUACUUGAAUUCACCAUCUGAUCCAGAUGGUGCUGUAAUUCAGGCAAGAGUGGGUUGGCAUCCUUCGUUGCCCAGUUUCCAUUAGUCAAAGUUCACAGUGCUGCCAAGAUUCACUAUCUCCCCUCUGUUCCGUCACUCAACCAACGUUUGUCCCUUCUCCCAGACUUGUCACCCUUAUGCACCAGCUCUGACCAGCUUCUUAACAGACCAGUCUCCUGAUCUUCCUUCUCCCCUGAACAAGUACUCCCUGCAAAGUCUAUCCCUGCAUGGUGUGUCCAGGCGAGGUCUCUUUUACUCAGAAUUUCAUUCUGGUUUUUUACUUUGUUUUAAAAACAUAUUUGAUAAAUCAGUGGCAGCAUUUUUCUCGGAAACGAUGACAUCUCACUUGUGCUGGGUGAUAUAUUGCACGUCAGGAUAAAAGCUCAGUCCGACAUUGGGACUGGAGUGUCUUGCUACUUCCAGUGUUUGGCAGUCUGUCCAGGUGAUGUCACUGGCCAAUAAAAGCUUAGACUGCAUUACCCCAAUUAACUGUAGUCCAGCUUUGCUGACAGCCCUGUAAAUAAUAUAGACGGAAUCCUCAAAUUGCAUUAAAUGGAGAAAAAUAAUUAAUCUCAAUGUAACACAAAAUUGUCACAGGAACUCAGCGGGUCAGGCAGCAUCUAUGGAGCGGAAUAAACAGUUGACGUUUUGGGUCAAGAUCCUUCAUUUCUACUCCUGAGUCAUGAGCCCUGAUGAAGGGUCUCAGCCUGAAACAUCCACUGUUUAUUCCCCCCCCAUAGAUGCUGCCUGACCUGCUGAGUUCCUCCAGCAUUUUGUGUGUUGCUCUGGAUUCCCAGCAUCUGCAGGAUCUCUUGCAUUAAUCUCAGUGUAGAUAUGUUUAAGGCCACCCACUUUGCAACUAAAAAUAGCCAACGAAAUCUUGUAAUUUACGAGAAGUUAGAUGUGGGGGUGGCUCUGGGAAAAAAAUGGUGUGCUCUUGACCACAGAAAAUUCAGCAGGUGCUGGAAAUGAUCAAAUGCAAAUAGAAUGUCAGACUUUGUAUCUUGUGCUCUGGAAUACAAGGAGUUGGAAGUUAUCCUACAGCUAAAUGACCCCUGGUUAGGCCACAACUGGAAUACUGUGAUCAGUUAUACACCAUAACAGGGGAAGGAUGCUUUGACAUUGAGCUGAUUGCUUUUUUGUUAAACAUGUUAAUGGUUAUGGUUAAAAAUAUAAGUAGGUAAGGCUAGGUCAAGAAUUGGAAUUGAUCUUUUUGAAUGGCAGAGAAUGCUCAAGUGGUUCACGAGCCCAUUUCUGCUUCUAAUUAUCUGAAACCAUUUAUGUGCACCACAAAGAUUUAUUUAUUGUAAAAUUGCAAACGAUGCACAUGAAAGCUCAGCAAAGUUCAUUGGAAGACCUCAACCACAAAGCUUCUAGUGGGAGAUGAUCCUGUGAAAUGUUCUUGGAUUGUCGCAGAGCUAUUCCUUAAUCAGGGGAAUAUCAUUCAGGCAAAAUUUGUAAUAAAUGAGUUCUAAUUAUAGAGAAGUUUGUCCUUGAUCUCGAGCUCAGGAAUCUACAUGUUGUGCUUGUCAAUGGUUUCGCUGACUUCCAUUGAUUUCAUACACUGGAUUCGAGCAUAUGGAGCUGGGUAUAAUCAUUAGCCAAUAAAUCCAUUCCCCAUGCUACAUGAACUUGAUGGUGAUCUUAUUAGGCUAUACUCAACUCCAGGUUCAUUCCAUUGACAUCAGAGGCAGAGAAUAACGGGUUGAUGCUUCUUUGUGAUAAAAGUCAUCUCCAUCGACCAUAUUAGCAAAGUGUUAGCAGGCUAAGCCCUACAGCAAUGAGAUAUCAGGAGCGCAAUUUGAAAGAAGAGGGGUUGGGUGGGGGAAAGUGCUCUUGUGUAGGUGUCCCCUUCAGUUGUUCGUCUGUCGUCGAAGUGACCAGGCCAUAAAUCCCAUUCGUUUCUAUAGCAAUAAUGCAGACCAUGCGUCGUGCGACACCUUGUGGUAAAGACUGGCAACGACAUUCUUUUCUCUCGAAUUAAUUUUAUCGAAGCGAAGAUGAAGCAUUCCAUAAAUUCAAUCCCACUUCUUCCAAUAUUAUUUCUUUAAUCUUCCCCUCAUCCUGGAUGCACUUCCUGCAGGCGUGUGGUGAGAUUGCUCUGUCCCUCAUCACCAGCAAUAGUUAAUAAUUAUACAGGAGUUCCAUGUAAAAGGAUAGCACACAAAAUGCCGGAGGAACUCAGCAGGCCAGGCAGCCUCUGUGGAAAACAGUUGUCUCUGACCUGAUGAAGGGUCUCGGGACUGAACGUCGACUCUUUACUCUUCUCCAUGGAUGCUGCCUGACCUGCUGAGUUCCUCCAGCAUUGUUUGUUUGUGUGUGUGUGUGUUGCUUUGGAUUUCCAACAUCUGCAGCAGCUUUUCUCAUGUUUCCAAGUACAGUAAAAGGAUAUUAAGCGCACACACAAAAAAACAGAAAUCAGUAAUGAAUUUUGGGAGGAGAGCAAGCUGCAAACGGAAAAGUUUCGGGACGAUUUUAAAAACAGUGGACUAGCUUUUCAGGGCAAUAUUUCUGAGAGGAUUCCUAUUUACUCCCCAAGCCUGUAGGUCAAUUAAAAGAGAAAUUACAAAAAGGGCAAGUCACUGAAUUUCCUUCAACAAAUCCUGAUAUCUAUAUCCUAGUCAGUACUUCACUCAAUAGCAUAGUUGGGAAUCAGCUGGUUCUAUCCAGCUGACCCUUGCACACUGAAUGGAUGAAACACUCUUGAGAUCACGCAGUACACACUAUACACUAAUGUAUAGAAUAAUGGUAUAAUUAAAGCCAACAAAUCGGGGAAAUAUGUUUAUGUAAUGGAUUUUUAAUAUAAUAUAGAUAACAUUAUUAAGUGAAGAUCUGAAGAGCUUAUUGGAACAGGUAGAAAUACUAUUAAAACUCUAUGCAGCCAAUCAGUAUGUAAUUGCUGAAUUAAAUACAAUUGAUCUCUCACUGUGUGGGAAAGCCAUAAGAAACUCUAUUGUAAAUCUGAAAUAUAAUAUAGUGGAAUCUAGAAGGUGUGUAUUUUCAAUUUGUACUGAAUUCUGUAUGAUUGAAUGGUUUAAUUAUCUGCA